AUAACAAAUAAUUUUUGACAGAUAAUUACAAAAAUUAAAAUGAAAUGAAAACGUUUAACUAAAACUAACGAAUUUAAAUAAACCCUAACGCGAAACAAACGAUCUGCAAUGAAAAUCUACUGUACAGUGUGCGUGGUAAAUCGUCUGUUGCCAAAUUUACCCGCCAAUCUCAGAAAGAAACCCUCAAAAUCAACGCUCGCACUGUGCAAGCAUCCUAAAAACGACGAAUUCUCUUUGAUACUCUUUUCUGGUCAAAACAAGAACGGCACAAAGUAUCCGGUAAAUGGGAACAUUAAGAAUGUGCUUACGAAAUUCGUUAACGAGGGUAAAUGUACCAUUCAAUUGAAAAAACCCGAACACGACCUGUGCAUUCAGGGUGAAGCUAUCCAACUGAAAGGGUUUUUACAUCUGUUUAAAAGGGUUUUACAGGGACAAGUUUCGCCUAAGGAACUCACCUUGUCCAGCAUGAGCGUAACGCCGGUUAAAGCUAAAGAUAUUGCUCCCAAAAAACUGACAAUCACACAAAGAUCUAACUAUCCCAGCAAGGGCUUUCCAAGAACCCUGGAGGCUUUAUACAUUAAUGACAUUAAUUACUGUCGUUUUGAUAGUGGCAUUUUACAUCUUAACAAGCUCAAAGUAUUAAAUUUAAGUAAUAAUCGCAUAGAAAGUUUACCCGAAGAACUAGGAAAUCUACCCAGCCUAAAGGAACUGGAUGUUUCCCACAACCUUUUGGGAAAAGGUACCCUCAAACAAUGGUCCUGGAUUAAUGGUUUUCUCUUAAAGAACUUGGUUCUCUUGGAUCUUCGUUCAAACGAGUUAAAAUUUGUACCAGAUCAGAUAAUUAAAUUACAAAGCUUGGUGACAUUACAUUUGAGUGAUAACAGUCUAAAAUCGCUUCCAGUUGGCAUAGGCAGCUUAAGGAACUUGAAGAGUUUUUACGCCAGCAAUAACUUACUUUCUAAAUUGCCUGGUAGCAUUAAGAAAUUAAAAUUACAGGAUAUUAAUGUGACCGACAACAACUUUGAGAGAUGCCUUCAUAACAGUGCUGGUAUAGAUCAAGCACCUUUGCCUGUGUGUACACUUAAAGAAUAUGCUGCCAAGAAAGUACUGUGGACCAGGCAACAGUAUCCAAAAGGUUCUAUUCCUCUAACACUGAUUGAUUACUUGGAUUAUGCAAAGUACUGUGUUUGUGGUAAGGCAUGUUUCACUGUGUUUUUAAGGCAAAGUCACAACUUUCGACUGAUACGCAUUUCUGAGGUCGUCCACACUAAUCCAGACAGUCCAUUUUGUGUGCCAGUGGAUUGUUAUUUUUGUAGCACCACCUGUUAUACUUCUGUCUUGUCCAAUCAGGUUCGACGUCCUAUAGUUAGAUAGGACGCGGUGGAUUUGAGCUGAACAGUCGGCUCAUGACAUGAUUUGAUACUGUUGUUUUUUGAAAAGAAACCAUUGAUUGAUAGAUGAAGGAAGAAGGUGUUAAGGGCAGAAACUGAACAGAAGAAAUAUUGUUGAACAAAUUUUAUUCAUGUUUCAUGCUUAAAUAUUACAUAUCAAUAAUGUUUUAAACUUGAAGAAAUAAUAUUGAGCUUCUUUAUCUUGCGAAUGAAUCUUUAAAUGUAUUAUUCUCGUGCCUUAGUUUUAUUCUGUGAGAUUUAGAAUUUUUUAAGUAAUAACUAUUUUACAUUUAUAUCUCUAAUAUUUUUAGUCCCCUUAAUGUAUAGGCUGGGCCAAAUUGGACUAUAGUCUUCAUCCUAUAUUGUCCUAUAUCUCCUAUAAGUGUCCAAUUUGGCCCACCCUGUACAUAAAAUAUUUUUGAAAUCGUCCUACAUUUUUAAAGCUUGGGACUUCUUUUUUUUGAAUUUCUGUGUUAGCCAGUAAGAAUAAUUAGGAUAAUCUAAAUCAUAUCUAAAUGUAGAAAUAUUUUUGUGCUAAUAAAUCUUUAUUCGACCU